AUGGUGUCCUUCAAGUCUGUCAUUCUCGCCCUGGCCACUACCGGCAUUGAGCUUGCUUCGGGCAUCAGCGUUACCCCUCACGAUCAGUACUCGUCUUCAGUUGGCGUUCUGGGCUGCAAAAUUAACACCAACAGGGUUGCGUACUGGCCCUCCUCCGUGGAUUGCGACCAAAUCUGCGUUGAGGUCACUGCCAACGGUCGUUCGGUUACCUUGUUGAAGAUUGACCAAUCCGGCGGCGCGUACGACAUCUCCUUUGACGCCUGGAACUACCUGAAGACAGGUUACCCGGCAGUCAAGGGCCACAUCGAGCCUGGCGGUGGUUUUUCUGCCGACUACAAGUUUGUCUCUGCCGACAACUGCCGCAGCCUCAUCAAAACGUCUUCGGGAAAGCUGCCCUUCACUGCUGCCAACUCCAUGAAUUUCGUCAGUUCGUGCAGCGCCGGCCGGAACUCCUGGGUUGGCAACAACUACGAGCUGUGGAACAUCGCCGACCCCGUCUGCAACCACGGCUUCAACGAAAUCUGCACUCUUGCCCCUGGUGCAAACCAGGCCACUUGCCCGCAUCCCCUCGGCUCAAGCGAUGUCCUGAAGGGUCAGGAUGUCUUGAACAUUCUUUACCCCAGCGGUGAUGUUGUUGAUGCUUCUUAA